CAUGUCGAAUUGUUUUGCUAGCCAACGGGAUUGAUGAGACGAAACCAAUGAUUUUGAAAGUCUCGGAAAACAUACCCGUGUCAUCUAAUUCCUCGUGUUCCGACCAAUCAGGAUCUUACCCUUGCUGUGACCAAAGCUACGAACUGCUCUUCUUCAUCCCUGUAGCUUCGCAAGCAACCCCCCCAACCCCAUCACAGGACUCUGGGGUGACGAUACUGCACUUGGCAGAUUCUCUGGAGUUCUACGGCAUCACCUAUGUUGGCGAGAAUCACAAUGCGGUGGAGCAAUACGAACAGCUUCGUGGAUACCUCAACGCGCAGGGCAAGACAUACUUUGAAGACUGGUACUUUAUUGCAGCUUAUGACAAACCAACGGACCCUCAGCCUCAUCGGAAUGAAAUCAUGGUUCUUAUCUAGAAACCCAGAAGGAAUUAUAAUAAUGAAGGCACCGAUAACCCGAACGACAGCCCAAGAAAACCAAUGAGAUCGCAGUGGGCGUGGUGGUCGUCAAAGACCACACCGAUCUCAUUCCGUUUUGAGCUGGUCGACAAACGACUCCGACCAAGAUUUUAAUGAUUUUAUGUCAUUUCAUUUCAUUUCUUUCGUCACAUAUGAUAAGAUUGGCUAAAGAAUACAAAAUAAGAACAACUGGAUGGGAAGCACUCGUUUUUUUUUUUCUUCACAUUUCCAAGGUGUAUAAUCAUAGUAGUUUGCUAUCUUAAUUUAUUAUGAGAUAAAAUACAGUGCUUUGCUUUUUAAGUAGUUUUGAAAUACAUCAU